UGGUCUUUGUUUGGUGUGCGGGAGGAAUGGCGUCCUCCGAGACGCCACCUCCGUCGAUCCGGCAGGGAGCGAGGAUCGUCCCGCCGGACAGUGACAGCACCGUGGAGGAAGUCCUCCUGGCGGUCGGACAGCAGGUCGGACACGACCAGCUGCUCUUCGCGUCUCGGAUGAACAGGGCCGUGGUGGUGUUCCUCAGGGACGAGCCGCAUGUCCAUCAGCUGGUCGAGAGCGGAGUGUUCAUCCGGGACAUCUUCGUGCAGGUGUCCCCGCUGUCAGCUCCCUCCACGCGGAUCACCGUGUCCGGGGUUCCUCCGUUCAUCCCCAACGAGCUGCUGGAGAACGAGCUGCGGAGGUUCGGCAAGUUGGCCAGCGGCUUCAGGACGCUGAGCCUGGGAUGCAGGGAUCCCAAACUGAGGCACGUCCAGUCCCUGAGGCGACAGGCCUUCAUGUUCCUGGACUCGCCCACGCAAACUCUGGAGGUGUCGUUUAGAGUCAAGCACGGUGACGGGCACUACGUGGUGUAUGCAAGCUCGGGAAGUGUGAAAUGCUUCGAGUGUGGAGACGUGGGACAUAAACGCUAUGCGUGCCCUCACAGACAUGCGGCGUCCGGCUCCGCGUCCGCGUCCGGCUCCGCGUCUGGUUCCGCGUCUGGUUCCGCCGAUGCGGCGCGCAGCGCCGCUCACGCCGGGGCAGCGGCGGGUGAUGCGGCGCCAGCGGCCGGUGACGCGGCCGGUGAUGCGGCCGGUCCCGAGUCCGCCUUGCCCAGUGGGCCUGGUGGGCUCGAGGUGGUGGAGGUGGAACAGACUCUGGCCGAGAGGCAGCAGGCGUCUGCGGCUGCAGGAAACCUGAGCAUCUCUCAGUGUGCAGGACCAUCACAAGCACAGGCAGCAGUCAGGACUGAAGCAGACAGAGAGCACGGUGUGACCCCCAGUGAAGAACAGGGGGGACCCACUAGCCAGGCACCAGCUCAGGGAGAUGACAUGGAGUAUGACUCGGGGUCAGACACAACAUCCGUUGGUGAAACUCCCGUCAAGAGUACUGAUCUCUACUCACUAGAGGAAAUUAACAACUUUCUAGAUGAGACUUUCAAGAAAUCAGUGAAAGUGAGCGAUCACUUCAGUGACAUUGAUAAAUUCAUCAGAUCUGUUAGUAUACUAAAAAGGGUGGUCGGGUUUGAUCUGUUGGAUGAAAAGAAACGCUUCCGACUUAAAAAGCACAUCACAGCUUUGAGGAAAGUGUCAAUAGUUCGACCUGUAAGAAAGACCAGGAAAUAGAACGAUCAUGCAUCACAUGGUGUUUUCUUCUAUUUACGUUUCUCUCCUUGUUUCAACUUGUUUCCUUUUUUCUGAACUCUUUAUGCGGAGCCUCAAGAUAGGAUCUUUAAACAUCAAUGGAGGGAGAGACAGACAGAAAAGGGCUCUAAUUUCUGAACUCUCGACACUAAAACAUACAGAUGUGUUGUUCCUACAGGAAACACAUACUACUCCAGCAGACGAGACAGACUGGGGUCUUUGGUGGGAAGGUCCCAGGGUCCUUAGCCAUGGCACCAACUUCAGUGCAGGAGUAGCUGUGCUGUUCAAAGCAUCUGCAGGGUUAACUCUCCUAUCUUUUACUGAAGUGGUGAAGGGCCGUCUGCUUAUUGUUAGAGCAGAAGUAGAAGGGUCAGUUUUUUGUUUCGUUAAUAUUUACGCUCCAAAUCAGGGAACAGAGAGAGUUGGGUUUUUUUACAACCCUAAGAAAUGAGCUGAGGAAUUACCAGCAGGAUCAGCUCAUCAUCGGUGGAGAUUUUAACUGCACCACGGAUUUCACCAUUGACAGGACAAGUGAGGAACCCCACCCACAGUCAGCUCAGAGCCUCAACAGCCUCAUCACAGAUAUAGAUCUGUUAGAUGCAUGGAGAGUGAAGCAUCCACAAUCUAGGCAGUACACAUGGGUGAGGGUCAGCAAUAACAGGGUGAGUGCAGCAAGACUUGACAGGAUUUACAUCACUCAAAGCCUCAGCUCAAGACUAGCACACAGUAAUAUCAGUCCAGUAGGGUUCACUGACCAUCAUUUCAUUAGUGUAGAGUUGGUCAUCUCACCAGGCAACAGGGUCAAAUCCCACUGGUUUUUCAACAACAAGCUCCUGCAGGACAGUCAUUUCUGUCAGAGCUUUGAAUGCUUUUGGCAGAAGUGGAGGGCGGAGAAAACAAACUUUAGUUCUCUGAAGAUGUGGUGGGAGGUGGGUAAAGCACAGAUUCGUGGUUUUUGCCAGCAGUACACCUCCCAUUCGACUGCUAGAAUCAAGGUAGUUGUCCAGGAGCUGGAAACCACCAUUAAAAACAUUGAAGAGGGGUUGCACAAUAAUCCAGACCCCUCAACAGGUCAACUGUUGAAGGAGAAGAGGUUGGCGUUGAGCUCCUUUCUGCAGGAGAGAGUGAAGGGAGCUCUAGUUAGGUCUCGCUUCCUUCAGCUCAAGGACAUGGACGCCCCCACCUCCUUCUUUUUUAAUCUAGAAAGGUCAGCGGCUCAGAGGAAGCAGAUGACCUGCCUUCAACUUCCAGGAGGCAGAGUGACCACCAGUCCAGGAGAGAUGAGGAGCCAUGCGGUGGGUUUCUAUGCCAAUCUCUUUGGGGCGGAGGAGUGCAGCAAGGAGUGCCGUGAGGAGCUCCUGGACGGGCUUCCACAGCUCAACCAGGGUGAGAAAGCUGCUCUCGACGCUGACCUGACGAUGGAGGAAUUAACAACCGCUGUACAUCAGAUGUCUUCCGGAAAGGCACCUGGAAUUGAUGGUCUCUCCUCUGACUUCUUCAAGCAAUUUUGGAACUUUCUGGGAGCUGAUUUUCACAGUGUUUUAACGGAAUGCUUCAGGACAGGAUCACUUCCUGUCUCCUGUCAGCGAGCCGUGCUGUCUCUGCUGCCAAAGAAGGGAGACCUGGCCUUACUAAAGAACUGGAGGCCAGUUUCUCUCCUCUGCACAGACUACAAACUCCUCUCAAGGGCUUUAUCAAAUAGACUCAAAAACAUUCUGGAAAUAGUUGUACACUCGGACCAAACCUAUUGCAUUCCUGACAGAACAAUUAUGGACAAUAUUUUUCUUAUGCGUGAUGUAAUUGAUUUAUGUAAAUAUCAUAAUUUAAGUGUUGGCAUUGUUUCUUUAGAUCAAGAGAAAGCUUUUGAUAGGGUUGAUCACUCAUAUUUGUUUUCUGCACUGAAGGCGUUUGGUGUUGGUGAUGGGUUUCUGGCUUGGGUUGGUGUAUUGUACCGUGAUGCACAAUGUUUGGUGAAGAUGGGGGCAGGGCUGAGUCGGCCAAUCCCAGUAAAACGAGGUAUCAGGCAGGGCUGUCCUCUCUCAGGUCAGCUGUACAGUCUCGCUAUUGAGCCAUUACUGUGUAUGUUGAGGAAGCGACUCAGUGGUCUCACAGUGCCUGGGUCACUCGGACUCGACCAGGAUUUUCCGGCUCUUUCGGUCUACGCAGACGAUGUGAACAUCCUGGUUUCCAACCAGCAGGAUGUUCAGAAUGUGCAGGACACCCUGUCGUUGUAUGAACGAGCGUCGUCUGCACGGGUCAACUGGGCCAAAAGUGAAGCCUUGUGGGUAGGACAGGGGAGGGAUCAGGUGAUGCCUAGUCUGCCUGGGGGGCUUGAGUGGGGGCAGGAGGGGUUGAAAGUUUUAGGAGUGUUUUUGGGCUCAGAGGGUUUUCAAAAGAAGAAUUGGGCGGGAGUGAAGGAGAAAGUGUGUGCUCGGUUGUCUAAAUGGAAAUGGUUGCUACCCCAGCUGUCCUAUAGGGGAAGAGCUCUGGUGGUCAAUAACUUGGUUGCCUCGACCCUUUGGCACAAACUUAUUGCCCUGACGCCACCGAGAGGCCUGAUAGAGGAAGUUCAGAGAUCCAUCGUGGACUUUUUCUGGUCAGGUAAACACUGGAUCCGAGCAGCUGCCCUCUACCUGCCUGUGGCUGAAGGAGGACAGGGACUAAUAAACAUCCAGGCAAGGAUCGCAUCAUUUAGAUUACAGUCAGCACAAAAACUACUCUUCAACUGUGUCCCGAGGUGGUGCGACACAGCCCGACUGCUGCUGAGGAGAGCUGGACGUUUGGGCUAUGACAAGCACCUCUUCCUCCUACAACUUGGGGACGUGGACCUGACUGGGCUGACGCCGUUCUACUCGUCUGUGCUGGAGGCAUGGCAGAUUUUCCAGGUUACACGCAACGUCAACGAGACUCCGGGCCUGUGGGUGUUUGAAGAACCGUUGUUCUUCAGCAACUUCCUCAGGACCCGGACGCUGCAGUCUGCCAGCCUCCGAGCCAACCUCAGAGAAGCUGGAUGUACCAAACUAGGCCAUCUGAUGAGGAUGACGGCGGCGUCAGUCAACAGACUGAGGGAGACCAGCAACAUCACCUCUGCCAGGCUGGUCCACAGAGUGGUGGAGGAAGUCUGUGCUGCUCUGCCACCAACCUUGAGAGCACUG